AUCUUCAUAGUCUCCUUCAGUUCUUUAACCACGGUGAAUUUAUAUGCCAUGACCGACAAUAUGCAGAAACGCAACAUGGAAUAUUUUAUCCAAGAAUUUGACUUCAUAUUUGAGGACAUAUCAGGGAAAUGUAUGAACGUCGGCUCCAAUUCCGGAGAGGUAACAAGGAACAUGCUCCUACCGGCUCUUAAUCAAGAUGCAAUGAUGAUAGGUACAGACGCCUCCGAGAACAUGGUCGAGUAUGCGAAUAUGACGCAUGGUAUCGACGGUAAGCUCAGAUUCGAAACAUUGGACAUUCAGACAAAAGAUUUGCCCGAGAAAUACAUCGCCGAGUUCGACCACGUGUUUUCGUGUCCUACUUUGCAUUUUUGCAACGACAUCCGACAGGGAUUAGAAAACAUUUACAAUAUGCUUCGACCAGGCGGGACUUUCUCGAUGCUAUGGGUAUCUUCUCACGACAUGUUUAAAAUUCUUGAAAUUAUGGCAGAGAACAAGCGCUUUGCAUCGUAUUUGUACAAAUACAUCGCGCCGUUUCCAAAUACGGACAGACCUCAAACAGAGUUAAAAGAAUUACUUCGAAGCAUCGGAUUUAUAAUUUGUCACUACAGUAAUCGGGAGAUGAUAAACAUAAUCGAAAACAAAAAGCCGCACGAUUUUUUGCCCGAUAUUAUGUCUGCCUUUUCAUUUUUGCACGAAAUGCCAUCUGAUCGAGCGGAGAACUUUAAGAUGGAGUUUAUACGCGAAUACUCGAAAAUUACGGAAGGAAAAUACAUGUGUAAUAGUGGUAAGCCGCUGAUAGUAGACAUAUACAAAGUACAUAUAGCGUACGCACGAAAACAAUAGAAUAGAUAAUAAAUCAUGUAUGAAUAAUA